AAACGCGAGUGGAGAUGACGCGGCGGAGCGGGGCGGAGUUAAGCAUUGUCUGUCAGUGAGGUGGAAAAAAAUAUCUCAAAACAAAGCUUUCCAGCCGGUAAAGAUACGGUACAGCGACGGGUUUUACAUGUAGAUGACCUCAAGUCCUACAUGAGAAAGGAAAAUGAGACUCCGGUCUCAAAAGAUAAUUGCGAUUGGUCCGGAGACGCCGAGAAACAGCCGUCGGCGUUCCCAGAGAAGGAGGUCAAGCCUAGCUGUGACUCCAACGACACCAAUAGUUCCGUCACCGACUGUGACUGACAACCCGCUACAAGCCAAGGUCGAAGAAACCUCGGCUGAGCACUCAGAGGAUGAAGUCCCCACUGUGAGGAGGCGCCCACUGCCUCGUGGCCGACUCAGAAAGAGGGCCAUUCCUGUUGAAGACCGAGAGUCGGAUUUGGCGUUUAAGACUCCACUCAGGCCUAAAGUGCGCCGUGAGCAUGUGCUGUCAGAGAUUGACGCAGAGUCUCCUCGUAAUUCAACAGCAAGAAACAUCUACUCGCCGAUCGUACGCUUCCUCACACCCAGCAAGGAGAACAUGGAGUGUUCCGAAACUGGGAGCAGUGUGUUGAUGAGUCCAGAACAAGGUGUGUUUGGUUAUGGCUCUGUUGAUCUGCUGGCUGGAGAAGAGGAGGAUGACAUCUUUGAUCCAUUUACCUUGAUCAAGAACAUCCUGUCCCAGUCCCAUCAUUCCCGACCAUUUCUCAGAGAUAUUCCUCCAAAGACCAGGAGCACUCCAGAGGCUACAUUGGUGGUCGACCUUGAGGAAACGUUGAUGUUCAGUUCCCUGACUGUGAUCAAAGAUGCAGAUUAUACUUUCCACACAACUUUCCAAGACCAUCAGUAUAAGGUGUACAUGAUUCUACGUCCACAUGUGAAGGAGUUUCUGCAGGCCAUGGCAAAAAUCUAUGAGCUGUUUGUUUAUACGUGUGCAAAGAAAGAGUAUGCUGAGAAGAUCCUGGAGAUCCUGGACCCUCAAAGGAAACUGUUUCGACAUCGUCUGUACCAGGAUGAUUGCUCCUGUGUUCUUGGACAUUACAUCAAAGAUCUCAGCUUCCUUGAGAGAGAUCUUGCAAAAACUGUGGUCCUGGACAAUGCACCCCACACAUAUCCAUACCAUCUGGUCAAUACAAUACCCAUCAAGAGCUGGUCUGGAGACCCAGAGGACAGGGAGCUGCAGAAACUCAUCCCCUACAUGGAGAAGGUGGCUGCAGCUGAGGAUUUUCCAGAGGUACUUAAGAAGAGGAAGGACCACUUCCUCAGGUUGCUGUCAGAGGACUGAGUGGGUUCUCCAACCCAUCAACUCCCACUCUGACUUCUUCUCAUGACUUCCACGGCUCAUGUUUGCUUUCAUUGUGUCUUGGUUAAAAAGCAGAAUCCUGUUGAAAUGAGACAGCUGGCUUGUGUUGGACCUGCUCGUCCUCCUGUGUCCUCCCUGGCGACGAAUGUGCUGCUCAUCGAUUAGAACUUGAACCUUCAUUCCCUCCAAGACUCAUUCCUUGAGCUGUUAACUGCUAACUUGUGUAAAUAUUUACAGAACAAAACUUGAAAUGCCUUUUUUCUAUUUAUUGAUUAUAUUGCAAAUCAACGUCUAUUAUCUGUACAUUUCAGAAAUGCUUUUUAAUGCCAUGAAUUUACCCAAAUAAUAAAUGUGAAACUCACACCUGA